AUGAAUCUCUGUAUUACACAAGCACUGAUGAAUGUUUUACUGAAUUCUGAAGUUAUACUUGGUGACACAUUGAACAAAUUGAAAUGUUAUUCACAAAAACAACAUCCACAAUGUGCAGGACAAUUAAAACCUGAAAUGAAAAGUCGUUUUUUAUCCAAACAUCGAAAAAUGCGUGAUAUACACAAUACUUUAACAAGAAAAUCGACUAAUAUAUUUGUUCGAAAUGGUGGCAAACAAGCUGAUGGGUUGUCAAUCCGAGUCAAUGUUGAUGUUGAUGAAACAGGUGUUACUGUUGCCAUCAUUGCAAUAGGAGAAGUAUCGACAUGUCAUUUUACUUUGCUUGUCGGAUACUUCGAGCAUGUGAGAUUCGCUCUUCUCCAUCAUACCACAGCAUAUUUUCCCUCAUCAUUAUCAGAAGCAUCAUCAACUUCGUCAUCCUCAUCAUCAGAAUCACAGAAAACAACAACAACAAAAAGCGAACCCAAAAUUUAUACAGCAAAAUCUGUGAUGCUUAAAUUACUUAAUGAAAUAGUAGAAGAUUUAGAUCUUUUUCUUCCACAACUCUGUGUGACAUCCCCAGACCUUUUUAAAUUCAAUUGUAUCAAAAAUGUCAAAGUACUCAUUGAUGGUACAUUCGAACUAACAACAGACAACAUUUUAUGGUUUGAUCAUACUAGUGAAAGAAAAACCAGAACUGUUCAAUCCAAUGAAAACGCUGCUAAAAAUUUUCUUCGUGGUGGUUAUGCCAAGAAAAUAGAUGAACAUCCUUUUGAAUGGUACCCCUCUUGUCCUUUUCACUAA